GCCUCCGGCCGCCACAGCUCGUCUGCUCCAAUCCCGUCGACGCUCCCUCACUUUCUCCAGGCGGGGCGAACCUCAAGAUCGACCAGCUGAUCCGCCCGCUUGUUCAUAGAUAAGCCGGAUUCGCCUUGAGUCAAGGCAGAUCGUACAAGGCAGAGUAGAUACAUCAAUCAAGCUAUAGGUGGGAAGUCAGAAUCAAGCUGAGAUCGUUCGAGAGGAUCCGAGUCUUGGAGGGGAGAUGAUGAUCCGGCGGUUUGUGAAUAUCGUGGCGGAAAACUACAAGAGCAGCAUGUAUUCGCUGCACGGCCUGGACGUCUCGAAGCAUCUCUUCUACCCGUCAACAGCCGAAGCAGAAGCGGCGGCAGCAAAAGCAGCAGCGAGCAAGAAGAAUGGUAAUGGUGGUGGUAGGCCACCAGUGAUACCGAGAUUGCGGCGUCUGCCUGCGCCUUACAUGAGCUUCCAGCCGUCCCCCACGACUCUCGGGGACAGCACGACCAUGGGGACCUUCGCGCUCGUGAGCCCCCGCAGCAGCGAGGGCAGGAUCCUCUGCAGCAGCGACGCGGGCCACUCCCUCCUCUACAACGCGGACUCGCACUUUAUCCAAACCAUGCCCAGCGUCCAGGGUUUCAUAGGAAGCAGGCCCAUCACCAUCUCCACCGGCCGGCCCGGCGCCCUGGAAGACGACCUCUACAUCCUUCGCGACGGCGCCGGAUUAUCCUGCUUCCACGUCCUUAGAUUCGGCAGCAAGGACAGAUUGGUGCAUCGCCCCAGCGGCCGCAAGGGCUGGCACUGGGAGUCUCUUCCACGGCCACCCUUCAGCGGCAUCAUCAACUCCUACACGGUGGUCGACGGUGGCCGCACCAUCUGCGUGUCAUACAACGCCCCAGACUUCUUCGGCACCUACUGCUUUGACACGGUGGAACGCGAAUGGUGGGAAGCCGGCGACUGGGUGCUGCCGUUCGAAGGCGGAGCCGAGUACGUCCCCGACCUCAAGCUCUGGCUUGGCUUCUCCCCCAGCAAGCCCCAUCACCUGUGUGCGACGUCGGACCUCUCUGCCAUGGACCAACCACCGACAUUGCAGCAUGUCCUGCCAGAUCUCGACACACCCGAGAAUUGGUCGGCAAUGAGGUUCAACCCAAGGAAAAAAUUAUCGCCGAUUUGGAAACCGAUAAACCCGAUUUUCCUCCGCCGCCAUCGCUACUCGUUGGCGUUGCUGCUCCCGUGCGGUGCGGCUCGAGUGAAGGUCGGCUGCUCGGGCUCCAGCAGCGGGAGCGGACGCGCGGGCCUGCGGGAGUGCGGGCAGCGGGCUGCGGCUGCGGCUGCUCGGGCAGUCGGGCGUCCAUCGUCCAACGGCGGGAGCGACCGCGCGGGGCUUCGGGAGUGCGUGGCUGCGGGCAACGGGCUGCGGCUGCUCGGGCGUCCAGCGGCGGGAGCGGCCGCGCAGGCCUGCGGGAGUGCGGGCUGCGCUGCGGCUGCGGCGCGCGCCGUGCGCGGCCGAGCGAGCGGCGCGACUCAGGCGCUCAGCGAGCUGCUCAGCAAGCUAGAGGCGGCGCGGCUCAGCGAGCUAGAGCGGGGCGCGGCUCGGCGUGCAACAGCGGGGCGCCGGCGCCGAGCAAGAGGCGGCGCGGGCGCGCGGCCCGGCGAGCAAGAGCCAAGUCCACCGUGCUCUGCUGUGCCCGUGCUGUGCAGUGUGCACUGUGCUCUGUCUGCUGCACUCCCCAUCCCCAGUCGGCGUGGUCUGCUCAAGCCUGGGUCUGCCGUGAUGGUGAUAAAAGGCAUGGGAGGGGAAGAUCGCUGUGACAAAGGCACGGGCGUCGCCGGCGCAUCGUCCACCAGUGGCGCCGCUGGUAGGAGCACGGCGACAGAUGGUGCUGUUGAGGUGGUCACUCAAGCAGCUGAUUGGUGGGAUUCAUACGGAGGAGAGCAUAAAGAACUACAAAAGAUUGCACGGCGCAUUGUUUCACAAUGCAUGUCCUCCAGUGGGUGUGAGCGAAACUGGAGCACAUUUGCUAUGGUUCAUACAAAGUUGAGAAAUCGGUUGGGUUAUGAGAAACUCCACAAGUUGGUUUAUGUCCACUACAAUUUGAAGUUGCGCAUCCAACAUUUCGUAACUGACAUGCAAAGCCUUCAAGAAAUUCAAGGCUCUAAAGAAAGGGAUUCCGAUCCUUGUAGCAUCAUGAUGGAUGUUGCUAUGUAUGAUGAAGGCAACCCAAUCAUGGAUUGGUUGUGCAACUCUAGGAGUGAGUCUACGCCUAUUCUUGAUGAAUAUGUUGACAAUGAGCCUGAAUCCCCAAGCCCAAGUAGAUUUCUCAUAGAUGAGUUAGGAAUGGAUGAAGAAGAAGUGGCCAUAUUUAAGAGGAAGCUUGAGUUUGGUAGAAAGGGCGGUAAGAAGAAAGGGAAGGUAGGAUUGAAGGAGGAUGAAGAAGGCAUUGCGGACGAUUUUGAGUCGGAUUCUUCACAAGGUAGCCCAACUUAUGCUGAAUCAGGGGAUAACAGUUCAGAUGAUGCAGGUUGCGGUACAGAUGAUGAUGCAGGUUGUGGUACAAAUGAUGCUGCAGGUGCUAGACGUGAGCAACCAACCUCUAUCCGUCCAAGAUCAACAAGGCAAAAGAAACUCUCUAUCAAGGGCCUCUAUCUUAAAAAGUGAUCCAAGCCUCCAAGGACUCUGGACGGAGUUAGUGAUCAAAUCUGAGCAUGUCACCUGUUUUGUCAUUUUGGUUCAAGUGCUUGUAAUAUGGGCUGAUUUGGUGAUCAGAUAUUGAGCCUAUGUGACCCUAUUUUGGUUUAUAUGUUUGUAAUAUUUGAGACUACGAACUGAUGUUUAUGUUGUGCAUUUUGGUUCAAACUUGUAAUAUUUGGGACUAUGGAUUCAUACCAAUGUUUCCUAUUUUCUUCCAAACAUGUAGUAUUUGAGAUUGUCAGUUGUUUUGCUUAAAUCUAUCCAAUGGACUAUGCAUGUGGAAGAA